ACCACCACCACCACCACUACCACCAACACCAACACCAACACCACCACCAACAACACCACCACCAACAACACCACCACAAUAACAACGACGACGAAAACCACUAUCAACAUCAUUAUCAUCAACAGCAUCAACAUCAAGAUCAACAACAAAUAACUACAACAGGCAAGAACCGGAGCAAGCAACAGCCAUUCGAUACAACUGUACUAGCAGCGUAAAUUUAGGCACAACACCGAAGUGUGGUGCUAAUUCAUUCGUUCCACUUAACUUGGCGGUUCUUCUUCUCUCUCACACACCUUCAUGCUGGUUUAGUAAGAAGGAUCAACAAAACACUGUCUCGUCCAUGUAAAAGCCACUGGUGGCUCUUACAAUGGAAACUGAGGAAUUUAUGUAAGUUUAUACAUUUUAUCUGUUGAAGAACUAAAUAACUCAGAACAGUAUCCGAUUCUGAAACCUUUAUAUAAUAAAUAAAAAUAACCCGACCAAAUUCUCUUGGAUAGAUAGAUCUCUGUGGAUGGGUAGAGAGAAUCUCUUAAUUGACUGACCUGUCAGCAUGAAGAAGUCUCAGAGAAGAUGUUUGUUAGUGGUAGCCUUCCUGGUGUGCUGCUUACAAUUCUCAGCUUCAGCACUCAACGAGACUUCCCAUGAACCUGUAUUUGACGUACAACCAUACAAUGGUUCAACAACGCUUGUUCUCUUGGAUAUUAAUCAGAAGUUGAACACCAAUGGAAGUUGCUCACAGCCGGACAUUCGCUCACUGUUAGUAGCUUAUUCAGCACUUUGGACCCAUGAAUACGUCAACAUAGCUUCUUCACAAACGAACCGUGGUUUGAAGGUCUUUGAUUGCUGUAGUUCUCCAAAAAGAGCAGUGGAUAUUCUGUUGAGCGAGAUCAAAGGUCAUGGAUGUUCAACAACGAUAAAUGGUAUUGUCAUAUUCACUUCUUUAGAAGUGUUUUCCGAAAUGAAAAAUUACCUGCAGAGAUUUCAGAUCCCUCAAGUUAUUAUUUGGGGAGAACUUCAAAAACCGCCUAAUCCAACACCAUUCCAAACGAUCAUACGACUGAAAUCAAUUAAAAAGUCAAAGGCUCUGGUGGAAUUAAGCCAAUCUUUGGAUUGGUCGUAUAUUAACACUCGAGUGAGUGCAAGUGCUGAUGCUUUAGAAGAAUAUAAAUCCUUUUUGGAACAAGUAGCUCUUAGUGAAACGAAAAUAUGCAUAUCAAUGGAAGAACCCGCCAGUAUUAACCAACAAAGUCAAUCCUCGACAGUUCUCUUCUUUAACAAUGGAUUAACUAACUCCGGACAACACGAAGCUGCUAUGCUCAGCGAUGCCACAAGUAAAAUUACACUUUUCAUUUCGGAUAGUAAUUCAGAUCUAAAACAGAUCGUCUUAAACGCAACAACGAAUGGACUUCUACUACGUGAAGAUUUGCCACCCCUAAAGAACUUUCCAUUGGCUGAUGUCCUUGUAAAUAGAUCAAACUUAAUGAUCGACCAGGCUGGCGAAAUUUCUCGUCAUUGGCUUACCCAAAACCAUUUCUGUAAAAUAAACAACGAUGUCCUUGGUAAUUGUGAUGUUCCUAAUAUUCAGAGCGUUUUGUCGGAGGCUUUGAACUUGAAAUCUAUCCAUGGUGUGAUUAAAGCUAUUAAAAUGCUAUCUGGUGAUUCUAAUGUCACUUUAAACGACUCAACAACAGCAAAUAACAAUGUUACAAAUAUCACAAGAGCAGACGAUAGCUGGAAUGACGUUUUCAAAAUGUCGAAUAUCGAGAACAUUUGGGAAAUGAACACGGAUUUCAGUCUAUUUGCUACUGUCGGACCUGUUUUUGAAAAGCCUUUCAUUUUCUCAUUUGUAACCCAGGUCGGUCAAAUUAACGGAUCAUUCUACCCGUUGGAUAAAACAAGAUGGCGCUUAAUUUCAGAGAAAUUACACGGUUCGAAUUGUCCAAGUUAUUGUCCAGCCUGCAUCCAAUGUUCCCAUAACAGGACUGAAUUAUCGGUUAGCAAAUUCGAAGAAGGAGACUUUUAUGUAGCAUUAGUACUUCCUGUUCAAAAGUCCCUAAUAUGUGAUGAAACUAACCAUGAAAACGAGUUGCUUGUUGAUUAUUUUUUGAAAUCACUUCGCCAGAUAAAAGAAAAGCAUUCGACUGUGACCGGUAGCAAGCUAGGGGGUAUUGUCAUAGACUCCUGUCACUCUCAAAGUGACUCCGAAAACAUGUGUUACAGUUUUAUUGACAAAAAUGGCAUCAAGCGAGUAAUAACUUCUGGUAACCUGUUAUCCACUAUUCAUGUCCCCGAUCUGAGCAAAGAGCCUUACCAAGAACACCCAAAAAGAAAUUCUCUGCUACCCAGCAUUCACAUCACAAAAAUCGGAUGCUUCUUUGACAACUUAAAUGUUCAAAAGUACGUAUCUGUAAUUUUGGAUGUCAUGGAGUCACUUCGCUGGUCUUAUUUAACUAUAUUAUUAUCAGAAAAUCCAUUCAUGAAAGCAAUUCAUAAGGACCUUAGUAAACAAGCCAAAAUGAAAAACAUGUGCAUUCGAAAUGUUAUAUUAAUUGAAGAUUUAAGAAGAGCUCAAUUGCUUAAUCAAAAUAAUCUUUUCUCUGAGCAAGAUUCUUCGGCACUGGUUCUUCUAACUGAUUUAUCUGAUACUUCUGAGUUUUUGCAUUCUAUUUCAAAACAUUAUGGUUCUUCUCAUAUAUUCAAUUUUGUUUUCUUCCCAUGGAAUUCAAAAGCGAUUUCGAAUUUAGGAUCUAAUCUUUUUCAAAGUUCUGUUUUCAUUGAAGUUAAUAACCCAAAAUCAUAUGAAAUUUCCAGAAAUGUCACCUCUUUGAAUGUUUCUGAGCUAGAAAGUCAACUUGAAAUGUGUCAUUUAAGUCCUUCUGGGAAAAUCUAUUGUCCUGCGGGCAAAAUUGUGAAGAAGUCGCAAAAAUCGGUAUUCUUUAGUUAUUUGACAUCUGUACUAGAGGUUACUGCCACUGCCUUAGAUCAAGUCAGUUCUAAAUUAUGUUCCGGAAAGAAAGGACUUUGUAACGAAUUUCUUGAAUGGCCAAAUGUGAUGUCAAACUUCCGACAUUUCUUGAAAACAUCACCUGUUUUCUUAUUCGGUGAAAAAACACACUUUGAUGAGAAUGGAGCUCUGGAAGCCAACUUUGCCAUGAAAAACCUUCGAAGAAUCGGAGACGAAUUUGAAUGGAUCCAGGUUGGCCAAUACACUAUAAACAGAAAUAUGUCUCUGUUCAAGAAAUCAGUGCGAGGCUAUAAUGCAUUACAAGAUGUUAAAGCUCCAGUUUCUGAAUGCAAUGGAUGGUGCCCUCAGUGUUACCAGUGUGAUAACUCUCCCGGUAAAACAAUAGAUAUUAAUAACGACUUCAUUUACAUGCCUGGUGAUAUUUUAAUAACGGCAAUGAUGCCUGUACGGAAGGCAGGACGAACAAUAUUUGAAUGUGGGGAUGUCACCAUCGACAGUGAUGUUGAUCAACUGAUAGAGGCUGUGAUUUAUGCUGUCAAAACAGCAAAACAACGACACAAUUCGCUUUUGAAAGAUAUUGAUCCUGGUCUUUUAAUCUUGGACACAUGUUCUUCUAAACAAAAAGCCUUAACCAUUUUAGGGAAUUUUGAAUCUUGUGCAUAUUCUCUUCGACAAAAUAGUAAAGAAAAGUCUAAAAAAAUCGAGAAAAAUGAGGAUUAUUAUUCAAGCUGGGGAGCAAGCCCUAAACUAACUCCAGCUUAUAUGGCAGUUGGAUCUUCGGAUGUCCUUGAUAUUUUGUUGGAUUCAGUUGCAGAUUUUAAAAAGCCUGUUAUGGCAAUAGACAAAAAUGGAGGUACACGUAGAGCACAACGAGAUUCAGAUUUGCACGAAACCACUUUGUCGAUGACACUCUCUGCAAAUGCUCGAUUUUCCGCUAUGAUUGGUCUCAUAAAUGCAUAUCGCUGGAAUCAUGUUUUCGUCGUUGCCUCUGACUCACCAGAGAACCAUAAACUAAUUCAGUUAUUCAGUGAUAUGACCAGGAGUACCAAAAUAUGUAUUUUACAUAUUAUCUGGCUAAAAGACAUUCUCGGAGUAAGUUAUGAUGACCUAAGCCCUAACAACGAAACUAAUUCAGAUGAUCCUUUCCUAUAUGCUCUCAAGCUUCUUGCUACCGACAACACCACAAAGUUAAUCAUCGCUUUUAUUUCUGAAGAUCACUUCACCAAAUUGAACUCGUUGAUUAAGAAAAGCAACUUGUCAGUAAUAUGGUUUUUUGACCAAUCACCUGAUGGUUGGGAAAGACAUCCAUUGAAUACAACAAUUCCGGCUGGUGCAUUCACUAUCGAUCGGGCGACUCAGGUAUACACAGAAUUCGAGAAAUAUUAUAAUUCGUCACUGAGAGGAACAGACAACGUUUGGUUUUCUCGACAGCGGCAAAAGCGUUCGUCUUGCCAAAUCAAGAACAACAGCCAGUUACGAAAAACCUGUUUAGGUAAGGGAAUUCCUGCGGAUCAGGCAAUAUCUCCUGUAACUACAGAUGUCAUACGUGCUACUGAUGCGAUAUUAUUUGCCCUACAAAGGGAAUAUUUGGACAAAUGUGGAGGCAAAGGUGGCUUGUGUAAAGAGUUUAAUUCCAGAAAUAUUCUGACUCUUGAUUCUUUCAAAAAUAUUGAAGUUGAGUUUGAAAGUGACUCCUUCCAGUUUGAUGAAAGCCGAGAAGUGGUAACAAGCAUAGCUAUAUAUAGUCGAAUUUUGAACGAAAACAACACAAAAAUCAUAAAGGUUGCCGAAUGGAAAGAUGACACUUUGUUCGAAGUUAUAAAAACCACCAUCUUACUAAAUGACAAUUUUGGUGAUGAUCUGGAUAAAGAAGAUGUCAGGUUAAUGAUGGAGGCCAGUUGUGAAGAGAAGUUUUGUACGUGUGCGAAUAUGCCACCAAAACCAACUCCAUCUAUGAAAUCUACAAUGGCACUAACAUUACGGGAUGAAGGAUUUGUAAAGUCGACUGGUCAGUUUCGGGGAACUAUUUGGGCAACUGUAGUAAUAACAGUGGCGGCUGCUGGUGUCUUAACGGCGAUUGGAAUCUUCACGUAUCUUCUUUAUAAAUAUUGUCUGGGUACCGGUUGCGGACGACGCUAUUGUACUUUAGCGUUGAUCCUGUUAUUUGCUCUUGUUGUACAAUAUUCCACCAUCUUACCAUUUGUUUUCACGCCCAACGAACUUGUAUGCGAGAUGCGUUAUUUUGCUCCUGCUUUUGGUUAUGCAUUUACCCUUAGUAUAAUACUCGUGAAGCUAAUGAAUCUUCACGAUUAUAGAUUAAUAGGACUCGGUGGAACUUUAUCAAUUGUCAACCAGUUAUUGACAAUUGUUUUUAUAACAGGCAUCCAAGUAGCAGUCGGUCUGCAACGAUGGCUUCUAAAGAAAUCUGCACUGGCAAAGAUGGUUACUUACUAUGGAGUUUCCAUCUAUAGUUGUUUGUUUGAUAAGUAUGAUUUUAUUUACUACAUCUGUUAUCCGAUGUUUCUACAGAUUCUCAUCUUGCUUUACGCAAUCUCUCUUUACAAAGAGAAGAGAAAUCUCCGUGAAGCCAAAUAUAUUCUUUUGGCUUGUGUUUUCAGCAUUGUUGUUUGGUUGGCGUGGCAACUGGUCUACUUCUUGCAACCAAGCAAAUUCAUGCAACCGGCUGUCGCAAUCGGUAUCCUAAUAUUUACCACUGUUAAUUUAUCUCUCAUCUUUAUUCCUAAGAUACACAUGAUGGCCACUCUAAGAUAUGAUGUCAACAAGACGUCACAGGAUCACUACAGUACCAAAGCCGAUUCAGACUUUUUCUUUGAAAGACCUUUUUCUCUUCCUGGCACAUUGAAAACAUCUGUUUCUGAAAAAACAUAUGCAAGAUCUUACGACGCUUUUGAGAAUUCAAAUUAUUCAUCGGGGUCUGUUUGAUAUGUGGUUUUGGGGAUUUCGGUAAUAAUUUUAAUCGGAGUAUGUAAAUAA